AUGAAGACUGAGUUAUUAAACUUGAUCAUACAAAGCUGGAACCAAGAUCCUGACUUACAAGAGUUGAUACAGAAGCUCAAAGUGGGUGAAGAGGAUGCCAAAGGAUACACUUGGAUACAAGACCAAUUAAGAAAGAAGGGAAGGUUAGUAGUGGGAGCUAAUCCAGAACUAAGAAAGGGUAUUAUUCAACUUUGGCAUGACACUCCAGUAGGGGGACAUUCAGGGAUUGAUCACACCUACAGGAAAUUAGCUGCUUUAUUUCAUUGGAAAGAAUUGAGGGAAGAUGUUCACAAGCAUGUCAAAGCCUGUGAUGUACCAGGAUCAUCUUGGAGCAGCAUUAGCAUGGACUUUAUAGAGGGUCUCCCAAAAUCCAAGGGCAAGAUAGUAAUCUGGGUGAUAGUAGAUAGGGUGACUAAAUACGUACACUUUAUAGGGCUGUCUCAUCCUUACUCAGCCAGUGAUAUAGCAAAACUAUUUAUGGAACAUGUUCACAGACUACAUGGGAUACCUGAGGAUAAUAGAGACCCUAUAUUUACCAGUAAGAUUCUCAAAGUGACUGGCAGUUAUACUUGGCCACAGCUGAAUGAUGCUUUAUAUGGGCAACCUCCCCCUUUACACUUACCCUAUGCUGCUGGAGACUCUACUAUGGAAGAGGUAGAUAGAAGUUUACUCACUAGAGAAUUCAAGUUGCAGUUGUUGAAGUACCAUUUGCAAAGAGCACAACAAAGAAUGACUGACCAGGCUAAUAAGCACAGGUCUAAUAAACAGUAUCAACAAGGGGAUUGGGUGUAUGUAAAAGUCCAACCUUACAGACAAGUCUCUAUGGUUGGCUAUCAUUUUUCUAAGUUGUCUGCUAGGUACUAUGGACCAUAUCAAAUCCUUCAGAAAGUGGGAACUAUUGCUUACAAGUUAUCUCUUUCUCCUCAGUUGCUGUUACACCCCACCUUUCAUGUUUCCCAGCUGAAGUUAUGCCAUAGCUUACCUGAUAUAAUCAACCAUCCUUAUGUAGUUGAGCUUUCUAGCCCCUACUUUCCUCAACCUCAGAAGAUCUUGGAUAGGCGCAUGGUGCAGAAAGGGAAUAAGGCAAUCACUCAAGUGUUGGUGCAAUGGGACAAGCUUCCACUUGACCAGGCCACAUGGGAAGACUAUCAAGCUAUGAGAAUUCGUUUCCCUAGUUUUCUUCCUUGA